UAAAAAGCUAAAGCUUAAGCAGAAUUUAUAAAGAAAUUAAUUUUAUUUAUUUAUUUUUCUUAUAAAUUAAUGAUACUUACUCUUAUUUAUUUAAUAGAACAUUAAAACUUUUAAUCUUGUUGAAACUUGAAAGAUAUAAUAGAGGAACAUAUUCUAAUACAUUAAGGCAAGAUGUAAUAUUGUUGGUAAUUUUCUUUACAUAAAAAAGAUACUUCAAUGUACUUUUGGUUAAAGACUAGAAUGAAAUAAUGUUUUCUAGAAUUCAUCAUUACAAUAUUGUAGUUUUAAUUGGAUUCAUUAUUUGUUUAUAUUAUAUCUACCAUUUAGAAUAUAAACUUCAGUAUACUUUAGCUAAACAAAGUUUAUCAGGUUAUAAUAAAGAAAAAAUUAAAAUAGCAGAAGACUUAUACUUCAAACAACAAGAUAAAGAAGUUAUUGUUAUAUAUAAUAGGGUACCAAAAACAGGAUCUACUAGUUUUGUUAAUGUAGCAUAUGAUUUGUAUAAAAAAAAUGCUUUCCAUGUAAUUCAUGUAAACAUAACUGGGAAUGCUCAUGUUUUACCCAUAGAUGAACAAAUACGAUUCAUAAGAAAUACAACUAUGUGGAAUGAAAGAAAACCUGCAUUAUACCAUGGUCAUUUUGGUUUUAUAGAUUUUCAUAAGUAUGGUACAUCACAGCCACCUUUUUAUAUUAAUAUAAUCCGUAAACCCAUGGACCGUUUAAUUUCAUACUAUUACUUUCUACGUUAUGGUGAUAAUUACAGACCACAUUUAAUAAGAAAAAAACAUGGAGAUAAAAUAACUUUUGAUGAAUGUGUAAAUCAAAGAGGAACUGACUGCCAUCCAAACCUUUUAUGGUUACAAAUACCGUUUCUAUGUGGACAAUCAGCUAGAUGUUGGAUUCCUGGGAAUACUUGGGCCUUGGAAGAAGCUAAACGAAAUGUUGUAUCAAAGUAUAUGAUUGUAGGUGUUACUGAACAUUUAUUAGAUUUUAUUGAGGUUUUAGAAGCUGCUUUACCUAAUAUGUUUCAAAAUGCCUCCAUGCAUUUUAAACACAGUUCUAAAUCACAUUUAAGAAAAACUGUGAAAAAAUUUAAACCUUCAGCUCACACUAUCAACAUUUUUAAAAAUUCAACAAUUUGGCAAAUGGAAAAUGAUUUAUACAAUUUUGUAUAUGAACAUUUUCAGUUCAUCAAACAGCAUACUUUACCAAAUACAUUAAAAGGUUCAUCCAAAUUUCGGUAUGAAAAAAUUUAUCCUAAAUCAAACUGGCUGUUAUUUAAAAAUUUAGACUAAUUCGUAAUUAUGAAUUAGUUAAAUUAAUAUAAUUUUUCUAUAAAAAGAAGUCAUUAAAUUUUAUAUUAUAUUGUAAAUAUUUAA